CUCCGCCCCUCCUCCCACCCCGCCUGCUCUGCGGCGGAGGCGGCGGCGGCGGCGGCGGUAUUCUCUGCCUCUCCGCCACCUCCACCGCAGCCUCUCCCCCGGCCGGCGGCGUUGGCGGGGAGGGGGACAGUAGUGUAGACGCCCGCCCCUGCCUCAGCGAAGAUACCAUAUUGAGUAAACAAAGACUGAGCUUUGUAUCGAAGGCAUCUGUGGAGUAGUGCUACAGUUUGAAUAGUAAAAGAUUUCACAUUAUGAGGUGAAUAGAGUAAUGGACAAAAAUAGAUGUAAUCUCUACAUCAUGAUGUUUUAGCUCCCUGGUUGUUGCACAGGCUCACUGUUUACACAGUGUCCAUGUAGAAAAACUGAAGCAAUUAAUGGGUGAAUAUGAUCAGAUUUCUCCACCACGCUGUUGGCCUGAUAAGGAGAAUCCCUUUUUGUCAACCUAAUGAAGCAUUCAAUGAAGUCUUCUGACUCUUUUCAAGAUGAACUUGAAGAUUAUAUUAAAGUACAGAAAGCCAGAGGUUUAGAGCCAAAGACUUGUUUCAGAAAGAUGAGAGAGGACUAUUUGGAAACCUGUGGGUACAGAGAAGAAGUCGAGUCCAGGCACAGGUACAGAAUGUUUGAUCAGAGAUUCCCAUCUGGAACUAUGCAGUCCUAUCCAAGAUCAUGCAAUACUUCACAGAAAGUGGAAAACCAGUUACCUCAGUGGUUGCCAGCUCAGGACGGCAGACUGAGACUAGAUUCUCUGAGCUACUGUCAAUUCACCAGGGACUGUUUCUCAGAAAACCCAGUAUCCCUGAACCUUAGUCAGCAAGAAUAUAAUUGUGGUCUAUACAAUGUAGAAUCUGGAGUUCCCCAACACCUCUCCUUAGGACAUAAUACUAGUGCCCCUCAAUCCAGUCAUAAACAAAUACAUCACAACAGAAAAAGGCACCCAGAGGAAGGCAGAGAAAAACCAGAGGAAGAACGGCCUAAGCAUAAGAGGAAAAGAAGUUCUGAGGAAUUGGAUUUAGACAAAAACAAAAGCAUCCAAAGAAAGAAAUCAAAAGUGGAAACAGAAACUGGACAGGUCAGUACAGAAAAGCUUAAGAAUCGAAAGGAGAAAAAGAGCCGAGAUGUAGCCUCUAAGAAAGAGGACCGUAAGCGUAGAAAAGAGAAAAAGGAACAAGGCAAAGAAAGGACAGAGGAGGAAAUGUUGUGGGACCAGUCUAUCCUUGGAUUUUGAAAGCUCUCUGGUUCUCCUGAGGUUUAAUUGAAAAGAGUUGAGAGCUUGGUUCUAUGAUACUCAUAUCACAUCUUAUUUGAACACAUUCUUGUAACUAAGGCCAAGUGAACAAGAAACAUUUAGUAUGCUUGGUUUCCAACAUGGAAAUUACUUUUCCUCAUUUUCCAAAAGCAUUUUAAUGGUUUUCUUACAUGCAAUGUUCCUUUUUGAGUGUGGCUCUGCUUGUAUUCAUCAAAUUGCUGUGAUGGUGGAAUUAUUUUCCCUGAUAGAUGAUUUAUUUAAAAUUGGAGGAUUAAUAGACUGCAAAAUGUUUCUUGGUUGGGUUUGUUUUCAUUUUGAAUUGGACAUUUUUAUGUUCAUUGGUUUUCUCUAUGAGGCAAAUUAGAUUUUUUUUUCUUUGUUAGAUCUAAUUUGCAGUGUAUUUUGUAGACUGGAAAGUGAGAAAUGAAAUAUAUAAUAAAAAAUAAGCUUAUCUUGCAUAGAGUUUUAAAAGUUUAAAAGUAUCCUCAUACAAAAUCAGUUUAUAUUCUGGAAAUGUUUAUAAUAAAGUGUUCUAAUUUCUGCAUAUUA